GAAAUUUAUAAGGCUGGAAAAAUCAUUGCCAAGUCAUGUGGAAACGUCGUGGAAACUCAUUGGUCAAAGGUGAGGGAACAUCCGCGGCCUCAAGCUCCUAAAGGACGUCCGCCAUCACGCCAGACAAUAGAGGAACAUUAUAAACAAGGCAAUGUUUCACCACUAAAAGAUGAGAAAUUAAAUCUUUAUUUACAAAACUGUUUCCUCAAUUCAGACUAUUGUCUGUGUAUUAAUGGUCAUGAUCACGGUUUCCUCAGUUCUCAUCGCCGGUCUUCUUCAAAGCUGAAGCUUGGUUCUCAUCCUCGAGGUGCUGCUCACUAACCGACUUGUCCUUGCAGUAGGCCUAUCUUGAUUUAAACUACAAUCGCAUCCUUACAGAUGAAGAGUUACAGGUUUCUGAGGUUUUCUCGUACAUAUUUAAUAAUAACAUACUCGUAACAAUAGAUGAGCGUGAAGGCGUUUUGACCCUUUGAUUUGUUCCAUGGUCACUUGAAUCCUCACAGUAUGUUCUCUCAUCCCAUCCUACUUUGUAUCUGUGUUUUCUGUCAGAAAGGAGACACUACUAGUGUGAUACCAGUGAUGCUGUCACUGCCACAUAGUCUACUGUAAGACACACCGAGACUUUAUUAAAUUGUUAAUAUAAUAUUUAACCCACUGCACUACUUUCAACAACGACUAAUACAGUUUAGGCACAAAAAAAAUUAAAAUGCAAAUAAUCAGAUUUUUAUUAAUUAGCCUAUAUUCCUUAUAGCCUACUUUUUUGGUAUCUCGUUAAAAUAUUACCGCAAUAAACAAUUAAAUAAUGGAUUUGAACUACGAAACACAUCACACUCAUCACAAGCAGUUGAUAUAAUUACUUAAACAACUUACAACACGCCUGCAUAUGAACGCUUUCGUCUUUCGUUUGCCUCCAAGGAAAUGAAAAACUCUCACGGUCUCACGUGACCAGCAUAUCCUCUAUCUAAUCCAGUUUGUCCCGGCCUGUUUCAGCAUCCUCCACAAGGGGGCGCAGGGACUCCCUCUCCCCCUCUAACACCGUCCCAGUCCGGCGUACCAAAACAAAUCCUCCAUCCUUCCGUGCAACGCGAUCCCGCACCGCCUUCCGGCUCUCUCAGCAAGUUUGUGUGAGCCAGCCCGCGGUAGCGUGCAUAGAAACACCGAAGUUUCCCCGGGGGUUACAAGCGCGAGGAACGGUGUCCCGGCGCGAUUCACGCAGGACAGAGCGCCUGAAUACCGAGCGACCCGCGAUCAACAGGACGCCCGCUCCGGUCUGCCCCGAGAGACGGCGGCGAGCUUCGGUUGAGCUCGGAUCCCGAACAGCUCGCACGCAGGUGGGACAGGCGGACGGACGGCCGCUCGAAGUUGACGGAAAGAGUCUGGCUCCGCCUCCUCUCCAUAUGAUAUGACAUCACUCUGCGGUUACCACAGAAACCAGGGCUCCACUGCAGACGGUUGACAGCCAAGCAGGUGGUGCGAUGGCUGCCCAGGUUGAGGUUGAUGCUGGGCGACCAUGUGUGGUCGGGAGUCGUUUGCACCUUAGCCCUCUCAUAGACUCUAGCAACAAGAGCUUGAUGGAGAGUUCAGGUGGAACCCAGGGGCCACUUAUUAUUCCCUCUGAGCCUAACAAACCUGCUCCGGCCCCCAAGCCUAGGCUCACCCCAAAACCUUUCACUGUGGAGAAAAAUCCUACUAUACGGCCAAUUCUUGCUCCUAAACCACAGCCAAAACCGAAACAUGAACCCAGUCGAGGGGUUUCCUCCAAACCAGACCUUCCCAGCACACCUAAACCACAGACAACCAGUAAACCCAGUGUACCACCUGCCUUUAAAACGACCCCGAAGCCCAGCGGGCAAACAAACAAACCUGUGGCACAACCCUUUAAACCAGCACCCACAAUCGCCUCUUCUGAUACCAGCAAAUUUAGAUCAACCCAAACCGGGGAUAUGCUGAGAAGAACAAGCUUUGGAGCCACACCAUCUCGUCCCAAAACUGAUUUUCAGUCAUCCACUCCUGGUGCUGAAUGGCCUUUCGCUUCUCGGAAGAAACAGGCUGGCCCUUCAAUCACUCGUGCUAAAUCAUUGGGCUUUCUCUCAGAGGUUGGAUUGAAUAAUGAGGACAGUAAAGAGGAUUCUGGUGCCAAGGAUGAGUGUUCUCCUACUGUUCUUCGCCUCCAAUCUAAAGGUUCAAGACCCAGACCCGUUUCAGCUGUGUUCCUCCAAAGCCCCACUAUGUCUGAGUUUCAGACUGUGUCCCCUACACCUGCACCUCGUUGGACAAAAGGACGACCCCUUUCAUCUGACCUUACCUCAAAGUUUGAGUCAAUCGGGCUGUCCUUAAACCGGCGAGCUACCAAGGAGGAUGGCAAAGAAAACACUCCUCAAAUGCUAGAGGGUGUUGGAGCUAAGUCUCAAGAGAAAGAACAGGGUGCUGAAAAGGCAGAAGGGUCAAAUAAGUCCCCCGUGCUUGAGAAAAAGACUCAAAAAAUUGAAUUGAAAGAUGAGGACUCCAAGAAAGAAUCUAAACCUGAGGAUACAGGAGGUAGCAGUAUAAAGAGACGCAUCAGUCUGCUCUUAGACUCUUCUUCCUCCUCCUUCUCAGUGGCACGUGUGGAUACUCCAGGGACUGAGCCUCGCUCACCGGGGCUGUCUGUCUCUGAUACUGAUGGAGCGGUGGGGGUGAAACAGCGAAUCAAAGAACUGACUGAAGAAGUGCCUACUACGCUGUCACCACCCCAGAAGCCACAAUAUAAGCCACGCACCCUAGUAUCUGACCGUACUAAAAGAUUUGAAGCAGAGCUUGAAAGUCAUAGUUCCUAUGAGCUCAAAGGUCCCCAGCAGGUUGAAGAAGAUCUCAGCAAAAAGUUUGAUUACUCCACAAUUGAAGGGCAGUCUAACAAACAGGAGGACAAGAAAGCAUCAUUACAGGGUGUUCAAGACUUGCCUACCAACUCCGGUUUUGAUAGUGAUGGAGUGCAAACAGUACGAGCAUCCAUGUUCGAGCAUGUGGUGGAAAGGCAUAAUGUUCAAGUGAUGGAGGAAAACAUUUCACAAGACACAAGAGCACAGCGGGAAAGCACAAUUAAACCCAUGCCCAGGCGACACCACUCUUUGCGUAUUCAAGAUAACUCCUUCAAAUCUUUUGUAGAUGAUGAUCCUGGUAGUUUGGUCAAAGCUACCUAUAGAGAACAACUUUCUCCUUCCAGUCCUGUCCGUGUGGAACACGUCUUUGAUACUGUGGCUUUAUUUGGAGAGAAUCGUGCUGUUAGUGAGGAUUUUUCUCGGCGAUCAGCUUCUCACGGUAAAGGGGACAGACCUACCUAUGAGAUAAGUAACCUACUAAAGGAUGAAGCAGCAACUCCACGUUACCUCAGAGUAGGGGCGUUACAGAAAUGGACUGCCACAGAGGCAGACAGAGAGAUUGAAUCUCAGAUGGAGCAACAGAAAGAGAUGCUGAGAAAAAUGGAAGAAGAGAUAAAGAGGCAGAGAGAACUGCACAUGGCUGCAGUAGCAGCAUUAGAUGAAGAUGAGGAAGAUAUCGAAGCAGAAAGGAAGAGACAGUUAGAAGCACAAAGACUCAGAGAGAGGGAACGAGAGGAAGUUGCCGCACCCAAACGUCCUAAGAUGUUAGAUGCUGAAGAGCAAAUGAAUAAACCUAGAGCAACUUACUUUGCUCUGACUGGUCAGAUUCAAGAGCCUGUGCAUCAAUGUGAGAGAGUGGAUGAGGAAGCAAUCUUUGGGAGUGUUAAACGAGGGAUGAAGGAUGUCCCAUUUGAUGACUUCACUGUUAGGUCAGGGCAGUGGGGUCCUCAGAAUCCAGUUGCUCCAUUUAGAAGAAAUCCUUCAUUGGAAGCUGCAAUGCAGAGAGAUUUGCAGGAGGAACUGCAUAAAAAUGAUGCUGGACCAAGAACAGAUCACAGAUUACAAGAAAGGGAAUGGCAAAAAGCAGCCAGAGAGGAGAUGGAAAUGGAGAGACAAAGACUAGUAGAGUUUGAAAAAGUGAAGGAAUUGGAAAAACAACGAGAAAUAAAGAAACAGAGAGAUUUGGAGAUUGAGAAACAAAAAAUAGAAAUGGAAAAAAGGAGAGAAAUUGAAAUAGAGAAAGAGAAAGCGAGACAAAAAGAAUUGGAAAGACAGAGGGAGCAAGAGAGGGAAAAACAGAGAGAGUUGGAGAGACAACGGGAGCUGGAAAGACUGAGGGAGCAAGAGAGGGAGAAACAGAGAGAGUUGGAGAGACAAAGGGAGCUGGAAAGACAGAGAGAGCAAGAGAGGGAGAAACAGAGGGAGUUGGAUAGACAAAGGGAAAUUGAACGCCAGAAACGAGAAAAAGAGCGACAGAAACAAAUUGAAUAUGAGCGAAUGAAGGCUGCAGAAAGAGAACUAGAGCAGCAGAGAGAGUUUGAAAGGCAAAGACAGAAAGAGUUUGAAAGAGAGAAAGAAAGAAUGCUUGACCAAGAGAGGCUUAGGCUUAGAGAAUUUGAAAAACAGAAGGAAGUAGAGAGAGAAAGAAAGAUACAGCUGGAGUUGGAGAGACAAUGGGAAAUUGAAAGAGUAAAGCAGAGAGAACUAGAAAAACAAAAAGAGAUGGAGAGGCUGAAGGAGUUAGAUAGACAGCGAGAAUUGGAGAGGCAACGAGAAUUGGAGAAACAGAAAGAGCAAGAGAGGGAAAGACAGAGACAGUUGGAAAGGCAGAGAGAACUGGACAGGCAAAGGGAACUUGAGAGGCAACAAGAGUUGGAGAGACAACAGGAAAUUGAAAGACUGAGGGAGAUUGAAAGGCAAAAAGAGCUUGAAAGACAGAAUCAGAGAGAGCUGGAGAUUGAGAAAUGGAAGCGACAGAAAGCAGAGGAGAGAGAGACCAAGAAAGAGCUGGAAGAACUUGAGAGGAUCAAGGAGCUUGAGAGACAACAGCUUUUAGAUUUUGAGUUGCAGAGACAGCGGGAAAAGCAACUUCAGCAAGAGCAAGUGAAACAGAGAUCAAAAAAAGAGCGAGAAGACAGACAGAAGCAGUCUGAACGGCAGAGAGCAUCAGAAAGACAUUGGAUGGAGACAGAGCAAGAGAAGUCUAUGCCUACAUCUCCACUUCGGCCAAAAGUUCUAGAUCUGGAUGCGGUGUCUCUUGGUUUUAGGACUGGUCGAGACAGCCAUGAGAAUAGCCCCACCGCCCGAUGGAAGCAGCCUCCUUCAUCCUAA